UGGGUGGGACAUCAUUGAGAAAUAUUAACCUUGCUGAAAGCAGAGUUUCCUCAGUCUUACUGACUGACUUUGACAAAAUGAAGUGGAGUCUAGUCGUACAAUGCCUUUCCUUCUUUUUCUGUGUUUAUACCUCAACACAAACCGAGGUGACGUGUACCGUGCCAACAAUCGAAAACGCAAAGACACUGAAGAAACCAGGCACAAAUAUCGAGUACCAGUGCCUACAUGGAUAUGAACCCGACAGGUUCACCAUCACCUGUAAUGAGCAGGGAGAUUGGGACAAUAUGCGCGACUGCACUGCAAAAACACUGGACUGUGGCCCACCCCCAUCAAUCGAACAUGCAUUACAGGUUUUUAAGGAGCAAUAUAAGGAGGGGGAAACGGCUACUUAUGUCUGUCCUUCAAACUACGUUAAGGAUGGUGAUCCCUACAUGAUCUGCUCACGAGGCAGAUGGAUAGGAAAAGGGAAAUGCUUGCAAAUUAAUUGUCUGCUUGGGCCACCCACACCUGGAACAAGCACAAGCCCAAAAGGGAAGAAUGUAUUCAGGGUUGGAGAGAGUGUAGAGAUCACCUGCUCAGAAAGACUCUGGUUGUACGGAACAAGAGAGAUCAAACGAAACAUUAUAUGCAAAGAAAGUGGUGAAUGGGAACACUCGCCUGUGUGUGAGGAAAUUACUUGUGAUAUUCCCUAUGACCAGCAUGUGGACUAUGUUCACUACUACUUUAGUAGGGACAGAAGAUUGGGGGUCGAAAAACCAUACCGGUGUGAAAGUGGGUAUCGGGCAGGAGCUAGAACUGCCACGUGUACAGAGAACGGCUGGCUUCCAAACCCACUGUGUACUGAGAUUGUGUGUCCUGAGCCAACAAUUGAAAACGCAAGACUGCCAGAGAAUCCACAACGUCCUUAUAAACCAGGUGCACGUAUUCGGUACCAGUGUCUACAUGGAUCUAGCAGGUUUGAAAUCACCUGUGGUUGGCAGGGAGAAUGGAACAAUAUACGUCCCUGCCCUGUAAAGCACGAUCAACCUGGUACAACACCUCCCAAGACCUCUGGAAAAGACUGUGGCCGGCCUCCACAGAUUGAAGAUGCCGUACAGGAUUUUAAGGAUCGAUAUGAGCACGGUGAAAAAGCUGCUUAUGACUGUCCUGCAUUCUACAAAAAGGAAGGUUAUCUGACCUGCACACAAGGCAGAUGGACAGGAAGUGGGAAGUGCUGGAAACCCUGCACUGUGGAUCUUAAAGCUAUAGAUGACCGUAAUAUACAGCUAAGGCAUAAAUACACAGAAAAAAUCUAUUCAACACAUGGAGAUUUUAUUGGGUUUUCUUGUAAAAGCGGAUAUAGACCAGCGGAAGGCAGUGUUCCCCUCCGUCAGAGCUGCAAUAAUGGAGAAAUUCCCUUGCCUGUUUGUGAAUAGUGAGUCACAGGUUCCCUUUAAAGUGCUGUGGGGGGUUAGUUGUGCACUUCACUGCUUAAAGAAGAAUCAGUCAUUUUAACCUGCUGUCUUAGAAGUUUAGAUGUUUGUGUGGUGAUAAAUAACUGAGGAGGCUGCCAUUCAAACUACAUUCAGAUAAACUUCCAUUCAGUUAGCAGAAGAAUGGAUUGUGUUCAGUCAAACACAAUAAAUUAUGAUAACCAGAGAGCUUCACUCACUUUCAUGAGCUAAACAAACCAAAAUAAUGAUGAUUGUAAAACACAGUGUUCGAUAUAAUUAAUCGAUCCAUCUCCUGGGAGAUCAAAUAAUGUCAUUUACAAACUUAACCUCUUAAGUAGCAUUAAAGCAGAAGCCCUUUGAACUACUCUUAAGCUUAGCUUGCUCUAUGUUGUUCAUUAUUUGUUUUCCAGCAAAAUUAAUAAAGCAUUUGACUUGUGACUUGA